AUGGCCCCCCCUCUAGCUGAUAUCCUUCAUAGAGGCGCUGUUCUCACUCUUGUGGGAAUUUCUGUUUGGGGUAUCGGCACAGGUGUCAUGGUACACAGGGAUACUCUGAGAAGGGGCAGAGAGAUGUUAGCGCAAAGAGAAGCCGAUGGGCUGCCCAACGAGGAUCCUGUAAAACAAGAGCAUCAGGAAGAGAUCAACGAGCAAACCUGGGCGGAAGCCGCACAAGUCGUGUUGAAGGGUCGUGGGCCCAAUGCAAGUUCGUCACCCUGA